UGGUUUUAUGGCUUAGGUCUCACAAAUAUCCAUGAUCCAGCCGUGUGAGGGGUGGUUACAUAGGAUAGCAUGCUUUGUCCAACAAACCUUGUAGGUUGUAACUAGAAUAAUGGACAGAGAAAUGUGUUCUUUUUUGGAGGGAAGCUUAUUGGAGCAGUACUGGUUUUAAAACCAUAAAAGUUAUAAAAGUAGCCAGUUGGGAAGUGUCCAAAUUUUUGAAGGAAACUGAUUUUUGGGAUUCCGUUUUCCAAGGAACCUUUUUUCUUUUUUUCUUUUUUUUUUUUUUUUUUUUGGUUGUCUUAAGCAAUUCGUUCCCAAGAAUCUCAAAUGACAACUUUUUGGGAGAAAUCAUUUUCCAUCCUAUUUUCCUAAGUUGUGAGAAUUAGUAUCAACAGAUCUUCUGUAAAUCACUCAUACAUACUGGGAUUUCAAAUCUCCAUAUUAGUAUCAACAGAUCUUCUGUAAAUCACUCAUACAUUCUGGGAUUUCAAAUCUCCAUCAAGCCUGACACUUCCCAAAUAGAGACCUAGAGACCAAUAUGAAUGCAACUGAUUGAUGUGAUAAACAUGUAUAUAUACAAUGACAAAUACAAAAAACCUUGCACAAAUGAACGUGUCUUCCCCAUUGACCAACAGCUCUCUCAGUAUACAACUAGAGUGGAUGGAUACACAUUUCAUUUAAAUCUGUUACAAUGCUACAGGUUAGUAUCUCAAUUGGUUCUGGUUCAUAUACAUGUGUCCAUGACAUAAGAAUUCAAUAUGCACUCAUUCUCCAUCUACUUUGAUAGACUGUGCUGAGAAGCUUAAGCACUCUCUGUUCAUGGUGGGAAAGAUUGGUGGAAACGAUUACAACUUUGCAUUAUACAAGGCCAAAAAUCCAUUAAUCGACAUGGUUUCUCAAGUAGUCCAAUCCAUAAAAGAUGUUGUCAAAGUACACCAUUCUUUUAUGAGACAACUAGUAUUGUUCUCUUUUAGUUACUUAAUUUGCUGAAGUGCUAAGACUAUGACUCAGCUGUAUGGUUUCAGAAUGUCAUGGGCUAUGGAUCUUCAAUUGUGGUUGUCCCAGGAAUUUUCCAAUAGGGUGUCCACCAAUAUAUCUUACAGGUUUCCAAACCAAUGAUUCCUCUGCCUACGAUGAAUACCACUGCCUAAAGGGACUGAAUGAAUUUUCUGUUCAUCACAAUUGCCAUCUGCAAAAUGCCAUUGAUGAGUUGCGGCAAGAGCACCCAAAUGUUUUCAUCAGAUAUGGGAAUUAAUACGAUGCAUUCCAGUCUGCACUCAGCGAUGCUUCGAACUUGGCUGAGUCUUUCACUACAUUUCAUACACUUCCAUAAAGGGAAACAUAACCUUAUGAGGUUUUGGUGGUUUUUUUUUUUUUUUUCCCUUUUUUUUAAAAUUUUUUUUUUUAUUUUGGUAUCAACAGAUUUUGAUGCUUCUUCUCUGUAAAAGUGUUGCUGUGGCAUUGGAGGUGACCAUAACUACAACAAAGAAAAACGGUGUGGAGAUAGUAAGUGCCUGUGUUCUAAACCUUAGCAAUACAUUAGCUGGAAUUCAUCUCACACAAAAAGCUUAUUACCAUAUUUCAAUUUGGCUCCAAAAAGACUUAUUUCUCCUGCUUGUCAUCUGUGGUUGCAUUUGGUUUAACUUGUGAAGGCUAGAGGAAUGAAUAGCAUCUGGUUUGAUUUUCAUCACAAUUCUUGUUUGAUGAUAGCAUAUUUUGCACAUUUAUCACCAAUCUCUAUUCAUAUGCACAUGAAAUCAACUUGACGAAAAAAUUAGGUGGGUUUCAAUGAGCAAUUAAUUCUAACAGUGGGAUUCAACUCAAUGAAAGAUACUACCAUUGGUUACCUUUGUUUUCUGGACUGAACAAUUAAUAUUAGAGCAUAAUUGCAUUGGUAUAUAUAUAUAUAUAUAUAUAUGUAUGUACACACGCACAUCAACAUAUGUAUAAAACAAUGUUAAAGUAAAAAAUCUUGGGUGACAAUACUAUGACAUACGAAUUUAACCCCAGUUUCAACAAUUCAAGGCAGUGCAGGGUUUUAUUGGUUUCCUUAAUUCCAUCACAAAAUAUCCACAAUAUCAGUUACUACAUAUCUACUGCAGAAAUGCAUGUUCCUUGGCUGAUUUUCCAACUCACUUUCUUUGCAUGAGCCUUUCAACCAUCCGUUGGUUAUGCCUAAACAAAGAAAACACCCUUCUUCAGUGAAUAAAACAAAUUACCAAUUCACCAUGCAUAUAUGUAUAUGUGCGUAUAUAUAUAUAUAUACACAUAUAAUAAUACUUUAAAUAUCCAACUAAGAUAUUAAACCUGGAGAUGGAUAUCCUAAGUUUAGUACAAUUUAGCCAUGCAAUGGUUGCCAUUGUCCUUGCAACCCAUUUCAAAUUUCUUGUAGCCACCGCUCUCAUUGCCACAGCAGUAUGUUUCUUCAUCAAAGCAAAGCCAGUUUAUCUCAUUGACUUCAUGUGUUAUCGCCCACCUGAUACUACCCGAGUUCCUAUAUCUGCCUUCAUAGAAUACAAUGAAAGAUUGGGUAAAUUCAGUGAGGAGAGUAUAGAUUUCCAGACUAGAGUCAUAGAAAGAUCUGGCAUCGGAAAUGAAACCUACUUGCCAACCGGGUUCCUUUUAUUCCCAAACAAUCAGACACUCAAUUCAGCAAUGGAUGAAGUUGAAAUGGUGCUGUUUUCUGUGGUCCAAAACUUCUUUCAAAAGCACAAGAUUAACCCAAGAACCAUUGACAUUCUUAUCACCAAUUGUAGCGUUGUAAGCCCAACUCCUUCCUUGGCUUCAAUGAUCAUCAAUAAAUUUGGUUUCAGAAGCAAUGUCAUGAGCUUCAAUCUCUCUGGUAUGGGAUGCAGUGCUGGAAUCCUAUCUAUUUCUUUGGCUCAAGACCUCCUCAAAGUCCAUAAAAAUUCCUGGGCUCUGAUACUAAGCAUGGAAUCUAUAUGUUCAAAUGCUUACCACGGAAAGGUCAAGUCUAUGCUCCUUGCUAAUUGCUUGUUUAAGAUGGGUGGUGCUGCAGUCUUGCUCUCAAACCGGAAGAGAGACAGAAAGACAGCUAAAUAUGAACUUAAACAUCUGGUUCGAACCCAUAUUGGAGCUAACGAUGGUUUCUAUAAUUGUGUUGUUCAAGAACAAGAUGAUGAGGGUUUCACUGGGGUUUCCUUGUCAAGAUCAAUCCAACAAGUAGCUGGAGAGGCAUUGAAAACUAAUAUACGGAUACUUGCUGUAUUGGUAUUGCCAUAUUCAGAGCAAAUCAAAUAUGGGUUAUCAGUGUUGUGGAAGAAAAUUUACCCUCCUGCAAGAAAAAAUGGGUCUGAAGUACCAGAUUUCAGGAAGGCUUUUGAGCAUUUUUGCAUUCAUGCAGGUGGGAAAUCAGUGAUAGAGAUGAUUAAGGAGAAACUGAAGUUGAAAGACGAAGAUGUUGAAGCAUCAAAGAUGACACUGCAUAGAUUUGGUAAUACAUCUUCUUCUUCAACUUGGUACUCACUUAGUUACCUUGAGGCUAAAGGAAGAGUGAAGAAGAGGGAUAGGAUUUGGCAGUUGGCUUUUGGAAGUGGUUUCAAAUGUGCUAGUGCUGUUUGGAAAUGCAUCUCAGAGAUCAAUCCUAGAAGUUCAAAUGCCUGGUCUGAUAGGAUUCACCAGUACCCUGUGGAGGUUCCAGAUGUGAUAGACCAUUGAAGGUGUUCUUAUCAGGAGGGCUUGUUUUCUUUACUAAAGUUUGGAUGUGAAAUAGGAGAAUAAUACAUUAGGCUUACAGUACUGUGUUUUCUUCAGUUUAAAUUUCCUGGAAAAUUGUUUCAAAGUAAUAUUUAAUCAAGGGAUAGAGAGUUUCUAGUGAUUUUUAAUAUAUUUUCAUCUGGAAGGGUUGAAAGUGAUGCACUAGAAAAACACUUUUAAAUUUUUACUCAGAGGGAAGGUUACUGGCGCUAGAAACUCAAUGUUAAAACUCUAUAAAGAGUUUCUGAUGCGCAGUAGAAAUUUGCAGUAUAUACAUAAUGAAACUAAAACAUCAUAAUUCACAAGUAUCUAAUUCCCA